AUGAAGACUGAUUUUCUUGUAAUAACCACAUUGGUAUUGUUUGCUUAUCCAAGUUUGGCUUCAAAAGUUGAAGAUGAUAUCAAACCGUUGAUCGAUGCUAAUGUUGAUUUAGACUCGAUGUUUGCGAAAUCGCCGAGUGCGAGUCAAUACAAUUCGGGCUUGUUUCUCAAAGAGUCACGAGAUCAUAUGAAAUAUGUCGCGAGAUGCGCUGAGUCCAUGGGGGGUUCUAAAUGUGAAGACGAAGUCUUAUCUGAGAUCCUUCAAAACAAACCUGCUUCGAAACGUUGUUGUAUCCAAAUGUUGGUAUUUGGCAAAGAAUGUCACACGGAGGUGAACAGGGUACUUCUUGCGACUUAUUAUCUCAAACCAUUUGCUUCUAAAGCUCGUCUCAGGAUUCCCAAAGUUUGGAACAGAUGUUGUUCUUCGAUUGGAGUUUGCGAUGAGCUCUAUUGA